AUCUUCGCCCACCAACUCCAAUAAGCUCGUGCCGAGUGCGAUAAUGCUUGCCAAAGGCCAAAGAGUGACUGUCAACCAGCAUACUGUGGCUCGAGGGAAGCAAGCAGUCGUUGCAAAUCAACCGUCAGAACAACAGCAAUUGUAAUAACAGCCAGCCAUCACCAAUGGAUGUUAUUAUCGUUUAUAGAAUAAGAUAAUGCUACACUUCUUGAGUGUUCUAUUGAUCCAGGCACUUCCCUUGUCAUCUGCCAGGCAUCGAGAUGGAGGUCAACCCGUUCCCGUCAACGUCUAUCAAGAAGCACGAAGGAUAAAAGCACGGUAUCAACACUGGAUAUCAAACCCCUAUCGACGACAGCAACGAAAAAAUGGACGCGAUUUGGAGAAUGCUUCCUUUUCGGCACAACUGGACCACUUGUUUGAUCCCGUCCCACAAGCCGACAAUGAACAUGACGCCCACGGGGGACCCGACACCACGGCCAACACUAUCAGCUUGCGACAAGUUGGAUUGGAAGGAUCGGCACAACCUCUCUUUUUCUGUAGUCCCUGUACUGGCAAAGAUGAACAUGCCCAAGAAGAAUGCGCCCGUUGCAAGGGAUUCUUGCACGCCCAACACUCCAACAUGCAAGACGCCAUUAUGGCACAAUUUCCACAGGCACGGAUCGUGGCCAAAACGACCAAAUUGAUCAAUAUGGUAUUUGUGGAAUACCCCGUUCGGCCGCAUGAUGACUUGGCUGAAAUGGAUCACAUUAUGAGCCAAAUCCCAGGUGUCCUACGUGUCAUGCCCCAAGAAGAUUCCACUCUGGAUGAUGCCGAUGCGGUGGAAUACCUCGGUGGUGGAGCUCCGUUGGAAGCCAAGUUUUGUGGUGUGGGUGGCAAAGGCGUCCGCAUGGCCAUUCUCGACAGUGGCAUUGAUUAUACCCAUAAACGCAUUGGUGGAUCAGGAACGGUGGAGGACUAUGAACUGGCAUAUGGCACGGAGGCGUCGAGUACGGAAAACAAACAAGUCAAUCCUGCCGUCUUUCCCACCAAUACUGUCAUUGGUGGACGAGAUUUCUUGGGAGAGAGCUUUGUUCAUACGGCGGAAUCCCUGGCAGAUGAUGCCACUCCAGACGACAAUCCUGUAGAUGCCAAUCGACAUGGUACCAUGGUGGCCGACGCGGUACUGUCCGUGGCGCCACAAACCCAACUGUUGGCCUGCAAAGUGUGUACCAGUGACACCGGAACAUGUCCAGGUUUUGCAGUGCUGCAGGCUCUAGAGUAUGCCUUGGAUCCCAAUGAGGAUGACAAUAUGGACGACAAGGUUGAUAUUGUCAACUUGAGCUUGGGUGGAAGUUAUUUAUCUAGCUAUUAUGACAUGAGAACAGAAGCCCUGGAAAAAGUGUUCGAACUUGGUGUCGUGCCAGUGGUGGCAGCAGGAAACGAAGGAAACAUACCCUACAUUGGUGGUCCUGGAGCCAAAACUCCCAAUUCAGUGGCAGUAGCUGCCACAAAUGGAUGGGGUCCUGGCAAGUACUCGUACGUCACGAGCUACAGUUCACGCGGUCCAGGCGAUCUCAACAACUUAAAGCCGGACAUUAGUGCACCAUCGGGGCUGACUUUGGCAGCCUUUGGUACAGGCACAGACUUUUACAGAGGCGUACAAGGAACGUCGUUUGCGGCACCUGUGGUGGCUGGAGCUCUUUCUUUGGUCAAGGAACGAUGCCCAAGUUGCUCACCAUUCGCUCUCAAGUCUAUACUGUUAAAUAAUGCCAAGAGGCAUGUCCAGUACAACACCGUCGAUGUGCCAAUAUCGGACACGAGUCUCCCGGAUGACGAUGCACCCAACUCUCUGGUGGGAGCUGGAGAGGUGCAACUGGACAAGGCAUUGGACUCGGACAUUUGGGCGUACUGUGUGGAAGAUGUUCAGCCUACCCUGAGCUUUGGCUUGAUCAAUGCACAUAAACAAAUGGAAAUCAAAAAGACUAUCAGAGUGAUCAACCUCUCUGGCAAUGAGCAAACCCUGAGUAUACGGAACCAAUUCUCUUCCAAGAAGUUGAAUGGAGAGACUCAGGAAAAUCCAUUACGAAUCUCGUUUUCCCCUGCAGUUCAAGUGCUGCCAGUUGGAUGUAACUCGGAAGUGGAGUUCAAUGUCACCAUGGAGGUGGAUGCGUCCAAGGCCCCCAAGAAUCGCAUGACGUCGGGAGGCGAGGCAAGCAAUGAUCCAACACUAAACGAUUGGAACGAGUUCGGAGGAUGGGUGAUUAUUGAGAACAAAAACCUUGGAAAAGAUGUAAGCCUCGCUUAUCAUACCGUCAUCAGGCAGGCUUCGGACCUUAAGAUUACCGGAACUUCCGUUAUCGAGGACUUUGAAGGUGGACCGACGGAUGUACCAGUUGGUCUGAAGAACAUGGGGGCGGGAAUAGCUCAAGUGGACGCGUUUGAGAUGCUCUUUACUAGUGAGGACGACCCCGAAGGAGGAUACGGAGAGGAAGUCACCCCGUCCGACUUUCGAUACAUUGGCUAUCGCGCAUUCAAACCGCAGCAGCCCAUCAGUAACUGUGACUACCUUUUGGAAUUCAGUUUUACAACGUGGGAAAUGCAAAAGAGGAUCAACCUCGAGUUCUUCCAGGUCCACGUUGACAUCGAUUUUGACGGGACUGUUGAUUAUAUUUUGUUCAAUUCAGGGGUGUUCACUCCAUUCACAGAUACCAUUAGUUGCAUAAUUCGCGACAAGAAGACCAAUGAAAUCAAGUGCUCCGGAAUGCCACCAGACCAUUCUACGAACACGGCGAAUACCAUCCUGAGAGUUUGCUCCAAUGAUAUUGGCUUUGCAACUGCGCCUACAGAGCAACAAAAGAUCAACGUCUACAUUCUAACGGCCACAGCAACGCACUUGGGCGUGACUGAGGUUACUGACAGAGCUUCACAACAAUUCCACACUAUCGAGUUUCCUCAAGCAUGGAUGUCAGCGCCCUCCUAUGAUAUCCAUCCGGGGGAAACCCUUGAAACUCUUACAAUUGAUGGCACUGGUGGCAAUGACAGUGCAAAAAAACCGUUGGGUUUGAUCCUAAUUACCAACUCCUACCGCGGACCCGACAACACUGGUGCAGCAACGAGAGAAUCAGAGGCACUCAUCCUAACAAACGGGGAGCUGACGCUUCCGAUCGAAGUUACUCCUGACGAACUAGUUUUUCCAGUAGCAAAAGCAUUCGCAGGACCAGAAUGUGCGUCUUGGGAAUUAACCGGGACGUGCGCGUCCGAGAGGACCUUUGAGGAGGACCGAGAGAGGGCCGUCACACCGAAGCCAAUGCAAGAAAUGUUCAGGAUGCACAGAGAAGAAGAGAAAAGCGAAGCGCUUUCUUCUAUAGGGGCAGAGGGAAUAGGAGGUCAUGCCAACGUUGAUUCGCUUCAAAGCGCAGGAGCCGGCAAGCGACAAGAUGAAGAAGGCGAGGGUAAAUGUCCAGAGGUUGGCGUUCCGCGCUCUGUUGUGUUGAGGGUACCGGCAACUCCUUCACCAACACAAAGCCCGACAGUAUCAAGCCGUCCGACCGCCGCACCAUCGCAGAGUGCAACGACGCGAUUGCCGGUCACGCAAAGUCCAACUGGAAAGACACUUUCACCGCAGAGUGCAGCCACAUUGCCGCCGCCGAGUGCAGCGGGACAAGGCUCAGGCCCAACGAAUACUGCGUCGCCCACUUCAUCUGUUGCCACAACCGCACCGACAACGGCAUCCACCACAACGUCAACCACACAGGGUGCUCCAGCCAAUAGCGUGUUUUCGUCUCCCGUUGCCGGGACCAAUCGAAAUGUGACUGUGAGCACUGGGGCUACACCCGGACCUGGACCAGCGGCGACUGGAGCCCCUACAACAGCAUCGCUCUCUACAGGACCUCCUACUCUAUCACCCAGCGCGGCACGGCUUGUCUCCGUAGGCACACAAUCGCCGACUGCACAAGUUGCAACAGUUUCGACCGCGGCACCAAGCGCUCAAGUCAUGACGGCAGGGAGUACACAGGUACCAACUGCAUCACGAGUGGUGCACGUGGAUACGCAACCUCCCGUACAGACCAUUCCUCCCGUCCCUGCAAUCACUGAAAGCGACAACGCACUAUUGUCACCCAAUCCAAACGCAGUUGAAACUCCUGUGCCGACGCCACUCCGAGGCACUCCUCGUCCGACAGGCCCGAUCACUGCUGCUAUCGUUAUGUACAAUGCACCGACCCAGACACCAGGUGACACCCCACCUGGAUUGUCGUUUUUCAGUUCGACGAGGUCACGUUUUUCGCCGAUGCUGCCGCUUGGAUUGGGAUUUCUGGUUUCAGGGAUUGCUCUAUGGCUGUAGGAAGGAAAACUACGAGUAAAGGCACUGGGAAAGGCAGAGCUUAUUCGGACUUCUGCUCAUUUGGCCUCAUGCAAGUGAACUGGGGGCAACCAGAUUGCCCCGCCGUAGCAUUCAAAGGCUAGCUGUACGAUAUAUGUGAAAAUAUACAAGGAAUAGAGGAUAGAUUACAUACAAUCGAUCUUCUUCACUAUGUCGACCAAUAUCUAGCUAUCUUAGCGCAACCUAGCACACGACGAAUGACGAAUCAAACCGAGCCAACACAGAGUACGAGGAUACUGUUUGUGCUUCAGUUACAAGGAUACCGGUAGGGUACAAUACGGUUGAGUCGAGGGAUCCGGAACACCUUGUAGGUCGGACCAGGAACUCGGAGAGGAGGCCCCGUCUACCAGGAUGCCAAAAGGAGAGUUGGACCCGUGUCCGAGGUUGAUUUACUCCCGACCCGAGAGAUGACCAGCCACACCAAAGUUCUACAGUAAUUGUAAAGUUGUUGCGCCACUUCAUCCAAACAAAACAGCAAAAAAUCCAACAUGCCAGUAUACCAGCCAGCCAGGUAGCUGUUUGCUAGCUAGGCAUGGCUGAGACCAACCACUGUAGCAAAUGUGGCUCCCCACCAGUUCUGCACCAGCAACCUUCCAUUGAAUCAUUGAAUCUGAUGUUAUUGUGACUGAACUGGUUGAACCGGUACACAAGAUCACGCGGAAAUGGGAUUGAAAUCCAAAGCACUUUGCACAGCCAACUUUGAUUGGGUUCUCCCGGAUAGUCAUAAUGACUAUUGUAGUCAUUAUGUCUUGGCGAAGUCGACCGACACGGGCACAUCAAUCAGCGUGAUGAUCUACGUUGAAAGACUUAGUAAUCAUUCCCUAGUUAUAUUCUCUUUGAUCUCCUCUUUAGUGCUUUCAGUGUCGAUUUAAUCCCACGAGGUUUGGGCUCUUAAGGCACUUUGAGUACAGCCCCUUGGGGAAGCUGGAUUGGCAAUACGUGAUCUCG